AUGGCGGUGGCGGCUGCUGGUGACCCGGGGGUCGCCGGAGGGAGUUCAAUGGCAGCCGCUGCCGGUGAGGGUGCAGAGGUGGCAGCAGUAGAGGGCUCCGGCAGCGGGGUCGGAGGUUCGGGCAGGCCUCUCACUCCUACCGUGGAGGAGUUGUUUGCGGCUGCCGAGCGGGCGAGCGACGGGGGGAUAGCUGACCUCGGUGGUGAGGAGGUAGUUGUCGGACAGUUCAGCGAGAUGCCGGUGCUGAGGACGGCGACGGUGUUGGAGCCGAGGAGUGGGGAUAGCGGGAUCGGGUCCUCACGCCAUGUUCCCUUCGCGGACGGGGACUUCCUAGAGGACGCGGAGCGUCGGGAUGUCUUGGACGCGCUUGGUCUCGACUUUGUGGUUGCAGCGGUGCUGAGGGACGCUAGCACGCCUGAGGACCGGGCUUCGGCGUCGCUUUUAGGGGAUUUACUGAGCGAAGCGGGCUCGGGCGCCCAGGAGGUGGUUGUACCGGAGGCGGAGGCGUUGGGAGGGGAUAGGGUGGAUGAUAAGGCGGCUGCUGAGGUACGAGUUAUCGCGGUGGACGAGGCGAAAGCCUACUUGGAGGAGUGGCAAGCCUACUUGGCGAAGGAGCGGCCCGAGUUCACUCCGGCUGCGUAUGCUCCUCGACUACACCUCUUCGAGCCUGUGGGGAUGACGGCUUACGUCCCCGGCUACGCUGACUACUCUGAGGAGAUGCUCCUUCAGGACCGGGCUUCACACAUCUCCUCUGGCUGGGUCACGAGCACGACGGACGUGUACGGCCACGGGGGCUCAGCCAGCUCACUGGCGCACUUCAGGGCCUUGCCUGAGAGGGUGCGAGCACUGGUGGAGGCAGCAGGGUUUGGACCCUUCGUACAGCUGCUGACAGUGGUGAGGGUGGACCGGGUUGUGCUUACAGCGCUGGCGGAGAGGUGGUGGGACACCACCAAUACCUUCCACUUUUGGUUCGGGGAGAUGACAGUGACGCCACUCGACUUCGCGGCGAUCACAGGGCUCAGGGUUGGAGGAGACCCGAUCCCUUACGACUCGAGUCUGGUGCUGGACGACGCGGCUCUGAGGUGGUUCCUCGGGCGAGUGCCAUGCCACAGCGGGGGGAUGGCAGCUUACGGGCAGUUCGUGGAGUACUGGGACCACGAGCCUGCGACCGACGAGGAGGCGGCCCAGAUGGCUCGGGCAUACUUGCUAUACUUGUUCGGGGCUUCUCUGUUACCGAACAGGCGUAGCCGGGUGCACCUGUGCUAUCUAGCGGGCUUGGUCGACUUGGGACAGGCGGGACGCUUCGACUGGGGAGGUGCUGCUCUGUGCAUGCUCUACUGUCUCCUUGGAGCUGCUUCUCGCGGGGUUGGAGACACAGUUGGAUGGUACUGGCGGGUGUUUGAGCUUUGGGCUUACGAGGUUCUCGGGAUGUUCCCACCCGAGAAUACUUGUACGGACUCGAACUUACUUCCAUGCGGCUUAGCCUGGGGUAAGGCGUACCGGAGAGCGAAGGAGCGACGAGGGGAGGUGAUGACUUUCCGGCGUUGGCUGGAUAACCUGACAGGGGUUGUGGUUCGCUGGGACCGGUGGGCGGGGAUGGAGGCUGACUUCCUUCCGAGGAGUCGGGAAGUGACACGGAGCAGGGUCCUACUGGAGUGCCCUCUGGGCUGGCAGUGGUACCUGGGGGAUCGAGUGACUCGAUAGUCACUUGGUCUUUCAGCGUUUGUGGUUCCCGGGCUGCUUCCUCCACGAGUGCAGAGGACUGAGUCCUACACUCGCGCUGAGCUUGAGCUGUUCACCGUGCCGGACACGGAUCUGGAGAGGCACCUGCGACGCUCCUUGGACUACGCUGCUUAUGCGGAUCGGUACCUGGCAAGGAGCU